AUGCGUGUAGCCAGCCGGCCACGCACACAGACGCCGCUCGCUGCGGCUGACUUUUCGAGGGCCGUCUCCCGCGCUCCCAAAGGGGUGUACGCGCGGAAGAAUAUAAAUUUAUCCGCGAGGGAAUGUAAAGAAAAUUGGUUUCCGAAGGGCAGGGGCGAGAGGAGGAGGGAGUGUUGUUCCGUUCCACCCCGUGUUCCGGCGCCCGCCCUGGGCUCCGUGCGCCGCGACGCCUGCACUCGCCAAUCGUCGGCUCAUUCCGCCGCGGCUCUCCUUCGAGUGUGGACGCGUCUCCGGUACUCUAUGGUGCCGCAAACUUUACUCGACUUGUACAUCCGAUCGCGUUUCGAGCGCUCUCGUAAAUAUCCCCUAACCGUG